AUGAUGGCAGCCCAGGAGCUCGUGGCCUGCCUCUGCCGGGAGGGAGACCAGCACCUGGCCCUGGGGGAGCCCCCCCUGGCCAUCCUGCGGGAGCGGCCGGGCGCGGCCGACAGCAGGGCCCACACCAGGGAGGCCAUCGCCUACCUCUCUCUGGCCAUCUUCGCCGCAGGGAGCCAGGCAAGCGAGUCCCUCCUCACCCGAGCCCGCUGUUACGGGUUCCUGGGCCAGAAAAAGACCGCCAUGUUCGACUUCAACUCCGUGCUGCGGGCAGAGCCGGGGAACGUGCAGGCCCUGUGUGGACGGGCACUCGUGCACCUGGCCCUGGACCAGCCGCAGGACGCUGUGGACGACAUAGCCUCUGCUCUGAAGCUGAGCCCGGGGACCGUGGUCCCUGAAAUCCGCUCUCUGAAGCCGGAAGCCCAGGCCCUCAUCACACAGGGCCUCUACACCCGCUGCCGAGCCCUCCUGAGCCAGCUGCUGGACACCGGGCCCCCCCUCGGAGACAAGGACACCCAGGACCUCCUUGCCAUGGCGGAGGCGCUGACCAAAAUCGACUCGGGUCGGCCGAGCUGGCACAUCCUCCUUGCAGACAUCCUCACCGCACGGGGCAGCUACGAGGAGGCCGAAGCGCACCUGCAAGAAACCCUGCACCCCGCCUCACUGUCAGAGGCAGCCCGGGCCCGGCGGGGCCUGCUCCGGCUCAAGAAGGGAGACGCGCCGGCUGCUGCCCGGGACCUGCAGCGCCUGGCCGAGGCCGACACCGCGGACCUCAGCUUCCUGCUGCGGCUCCUGGAGGCCUCCGAGCGCCAGAGCCUCACCCAGGCUGCAACCCAGGAAGCCAGCUCUCUCCUGGAUGCGAGGCAACCCAGGCAGGCACUGGGCUACUGCUCCUUGGCUGUCCUGGCUGGUGGCAGCUGUGCCUGUCACCUGCGUCUGCGGGCCACCUGCCUGGCCAAGCUGCAGCAGUUUGACCGGGCACUCGGGGACCUGGACGGUGUGCUCCGGGAGAGUUCAGAGGACAGCAGCCUCCCAAGGCGGGCAGAGGACUUCUGCUUCCGUGGUCGCUUGCAGCUGAGGCUGGGGGAUGAGGCGGGGGCUGCAGGGGCCUUUGCCCAGGCCCUGAAGCUGGCACCCACCUUGGCCCAGAGCAUGCUGCGGGAGCAGCCGGGCCGGGCCGCCACCGCACACCUGUUCUUAGGCCGUGGGCAGUGUUGCCUGGAAGAGCAGCGCUACGCAGAGGCCUGGACAGCAGCCGAGAGCGGCCUCCUGGUGGACCCCAACCACAGCGGCCUGAAGAGGCUGAAGGCCAGAAUCCGGAGGGAGGCAUCCUCCGGCUGCUGGCUGCACUGACCAGCGACCCAGCCCUCUCCCGGGCCAGAUCACAAGGCCUCCUUGUCAUUUUUGUCCAAUAUCGAGGCCCUGGGGUGCACCUGUCUCCCCAAAUCGGGGAGGUCCCUGCCCUCCCACCCUUCCCAGCCACAGCCUCCCACCUGUCUGCCUUGGGAAUUAAAGCGGACAGCUUCCUGCUUGCGUGGAGGGACCGUCCCAGGAGGCUGCCGUGGGCAAGCUCAUCCCCGAAGCUGGAGUUCUCUUGGCCCACACCUGGGCUCAGACCUUGGAGAAGCAGCCCCAGGUCUUGUCCCUGGCUCAGGAUCCUGCAGGUUGGAUGGGAUUAAGGCCAGCCCCUCUUGGCCCUGGGGGAGAGGGUGCCAGCCCAGGACCGGGAUUCCCCUCCUUGGCGGUGAAGCUCCCUUUGCCUGGCAGCCUGGCCUGAGCCUCGGGCUGGCCCCCGACAGAGCCUGGCCUUCCCCAAAGACGACACUUCCAAGCAGGUGCCCAGCCCACAGAGGGCCUCGCACUGACUUCCCAGAUGCUUCCGUGGAGGUCCCGCACAGAGAGCCCUGCCCAACCCCACCACCCC